AUGAAGUUUGGCACUCUAGUUGCGCUUGCUGCGCAGGGUGGAUUGCUUCACACCGCCAAUGCUCAAAGUUUGGCAUAUGUGACAGAGCUCGUCACUGAGUGCUUUGACCCCUGGCAGACUGAUAUCGAGUAUGGCACUGCUACCACAGAUACAGUGUCUGCUCCUUAUUACACAGGAUGGGGCCCGGUAGACUAUAGCAUGCCAGCGUGCGAGUGCGGUUGUCCCACCUGUUCACACACGAGUGUCUACUCCACAAACUAUCCCAUCUUCUGCUCGACAGGUGUUACGGACCAGACAUAUACCAUCACUGAGACCUAUCAUGGCAUGCCCACACUGCCCACAUUUGCUGAACCCACGGAAUGUCCCUAUGGCUUCACCACUGAAGAAGUGACGUGCACUGUCUGUGGCGAUGCUCCCAUCACCCAGACCAUGACAUACCCAAGUGGAGGCUGCCCCUAUGACACUGGUCUCCAGUCAGCAUACCCAACACUGGCACCAACCCAGGCACCAGCCCCGACCUACGCAGCCAGCCCUCAUGGCAGCAAUGACACCGGCGCAAGCCCUGCCGGCGCGUAUCCCGCCCAAAACGACUGGUCCGAUGAAGGCAAGGACACCACCAAGACCACCAAGACCCAGAGCGUCACCCUGUCUGUCAACGGAACCCACCCGUCGACCGCACCUGCCCAGGGGGGCUCGUACCCCAGCUCCAAGCCUGAUACCGGGUCCGGGUCAUCUCCCGCUCAAGGUGGCCAAGAUUCGUACCCCAGCUCCAAGCCCGAGACCGGGUCUGGGUCAUCUCCCGCUCAAGGUGGCCAGGAUUCGUACCCGGCGGCUGGAGGCAGCCCGGCUGCUCAGGCCAGCCAGGGUCACUCGGGCUCCUCCUCCUCGCCUGUCAAGGUUAGCAGUGCGUCUAGACUUGGUGGUAUGUUGAGCACGGUUGGAUUCGUGAUGGUUCUAGCUCCGGUUCUUGUGGCAUUUGCCUAA